CUUGGCGACUCAGAGCCCGGGACGCAGGGCUGAGACCCAGGCAGCCUGCGAUCGCCAUGAAGCGGCCCAGGGAGCCGAGCGGCUCGGACGGCGAGUCGGACGGGCCCAUCGACGUGGGCCGCGAGGGCGAGCUGAGCCAGAUGGCCAGGCCGCUGUCCACCCCCAGCCCUUCGCAGAUGCAAGCCAGGAAGAAACGCAGAGGGAUUAUAGAGAAACGGCGCCGAGACCGCAUCAACAGCAGCCUUUCUGAAUUGCGGCGCUUGGUCCCCACUGCCUUUGAGAAACAGGGCUCUUCCAAGCUGGAGAAAGCUGAGGUGUUGCAGAUGACGGUGGAUCACUUGAAAAUGCUCCAUGCCACUGGUGGCACAGGAUUCUUUGAUGCCCGAGCCCUGGCAGUUGACUUCCGGAGCAUUGGUUUUCGGGAGUGCCUCACCGAGGUCAUCAGGUACCUGGGGGUCCUGGAAGGGCCCAGCAGCCGUGCGGACCCCGUCCGGAUUCGACUUCUCUCCCACCUCAACAGUUAUGCAGCGGAGAUGGAGCCUUCGCCCACACCCGCCGGCCCCCUGGCCUUCCCUGCCUGGCCCUGGUCUUUCUUCCAUAGCUGCCCGGGGCUGCCAGCCCUGAGCAGCCAGCUCGCCAUCCUGGGAAGGGUGCCUGGCCCUGUCCUCCCUGGCGCCUCCUCUCCCGCGUACCCCAUCCCAGCCCUCCGAUCCACUCCCAUUCGCAGAGCCACUGGCACCAUCCUGCCACCCCGGAGGAAUUUGCUGCCCAGUCGAGGAGUAUCUUCUGCCCGGAGGGCCCGCCCCCCAGAGAGGCCACCUGCCCCUGUGCCCGUGGCCCCCAGCAGCAGGGCUGCCAGGAGCAGCCACCUCGCUCCCCUCCUGCAGUCUUCCUCCCCCACACCCCCUGGUGCUGUAGGGUCCGCUGCUUAUGUGGCUGUUCCCGCCGCCAGCCCGUCCUCCCCAGGGCCGGCUGGGAGGCCGGCAGGGGCCAUGCUCUACCACUCCUGGGUCUCCGAAAUCACUGAAAUUGGGGCUUUCUGAGCUGGCCCCCACCUGCACCCCCAGAAGUGAGGAAGGUUCUUUUCCCAGGAGCUCUAAAAGCGGCACUGCCUUCUCUACUUUGCUUCGCGGACUGGCUCAUAUGUGAAGGCACCUGCACCAGCCACCAGAAGCCCCCUCCCCCUCUGGGCUUCUCUCCUCCUCACUGCUCACCCAGCCCAUCCACCCAGCUCUCCUGGACAUGUUCUGAUCUCAAAGGCUUGGUCCCAUCUCUCACCUGCACAGAUAAGUCCUGGAGCUGUGCCUGGACCCCGCUCCUGCCCAGGACACAUGGGGCAGCAGGCGCAAAUCUUGGGUCUGGGAACAAAGCUUUAACCUAAAGGGUACCAGGGCCCGAGGCAGGCUGUUUCCCCAGAGGGGUCAGACCCCAGUUAGGAGCAAUGACUGACUGGCUGCAGCCUUUCCAGGCUGAGGGGGUGGAACAGUGUCUGCCUCACUUCCUGGAGCAAGGGCCACAAAGAGGUCUCCUGGGGCCCCUGUCUGCCCUGGCCACCUGUCUUUGGCCCACCCCAUCGCAUUGAACCACAGGACAGACUCGUUCUGCGCUAUGGCCAGGGCCUGGAGAUUAUGGGUGGAGUGGGGCCUGCUCCCACCCUCUUCCCAGAACCCCCGACCCCCCACAGCUGACCAGCAGGUCCCUGCACACAGCUGGCUGGACAAGCCUGGCUGGGAAGAUUCCAGGCAGCAGCAAAACUCUGUGACAGAGUGUCCUGACACCAGGCCUCGACAGCUCUCGCGUACCAGAGCCAGGGUUGAGCAAUGGAGCACCCAGCUCCCAGCUCCUCGCAGUCACCGUGCUCCAGGCAUGUGGUCCCUCCCCGCUGGGUGCACAGUUUGGAGAGGCCGUGGCCCAUGCGGUGGCGCCCAGAGAGGAAUCCUCUUGGGAUUCGGCACCAGACGUCUGUGCUGCCUGGUCUGCCUCCAGCUCACAGAGCCAGACUGCUCGGACAGCCAGGGGCUGUCGGGCUGGACAAAAAUAGCUGCGAGGGGGGGCAAGAGGAAGGACGACUCAAGGCGGCUCAGCCCUUCAAGGUCACGCAGGGGGUCGAGGGCCUGAGAUCCUGUUCACCGGGGUUCCACACAGCUGGCGCUGCUCAGGGACCAUUUCGUUACCCAGCUCCACUCCGGGCCACUUUCCUCUAACAGAGGGAGCCGAUGGCCCAGAGACCAUUCCCAGCAGAAUAGCAGAGACUGAACUGGCAGCCAGUGGGACCAGUGUUGCAUACCAGUUGAUAGAAUGCAGAAACAUUUCUUUGCUUGUUGGUAAAUAUCUGCUCCCCCUGAGGGACUCCGAGUGCCCCCUGCCACCUGCAUGUCCCUGAGGACCCCCAACCUCUGGUUAAUGCCUGACAGAUCCAAGGCUGUGGGGUCCUUGAGCUGGCAAUUCACUGGUGCUCGUUCCUCGCUGGUUAUUAAACACUUCAGACGUCAGCCCUGGGAAGAUUCUCCCACCUCCUCCCUUUGAUGGGACCACCCUCCCCAGAGGAGACUCCGUGGGCUCAAAAGUAGAGUUUGCAGAAACCCUGGGGAUAAAAGGCCCUUUCAGAGAAGUGGUUAAGAGGGCAGAGAUCAUUUGGGUGACCCAGAAAGCUCUUUUGAAAAUGCAGACUCCUCGAGGACGGUUCACGAGGUAAGUACUCCUUUCAUUUUUAGUGUGAGCCAGUUUGGUCAGAUUGCUGUCCUCCCGGACCCAUGUGAGGUGUGCGGCAGCGAGGAGAGAGGGUGUCAUUUCAGAGAAUGGGUCACUGGCGGGAGUGCUCCUGAGGGAGAGGGAGGGCAGGACAGUCACACAGGCUUCCAGGAGUAGGGACAGGGGGACAGAGGAGGUGACAGAGGCAAAGACCAGCCUCACGUUUCUCAUGAAGGGGCCCACUCAGGACAGGAAGAAGAACUGCUCCUCCUCCUCCUCUCCCACUGCUCCUGGGGAACCAGGGCAGUGCUGUAGUCCUGCAAUGUGGCAACUUCCUAGCCCGAGAAUCCAGCAUUUACUCCUAGUGGGGCUGUGGGAAACACACUUCCAUGCUGCAAGUACCCGACUCCAAAAGAAUCUGUUGACACCAUUGAAAUGAAGUGGAAAUGGCCCAGCUCUUUCAGCAUCUUAAUUGAUCUUGGGUUCAUUGUCCCCAAGAGAUCGUGGGGGGAAAUGUGACUGUGUAUUUGUUUCCAUGGGCAAGGACUUACAUCUGUUUCUAUCCCCAAGUCUCCCCGGUACCCCCGACUCCCACCCCAUUGCGGGGGUUGUUGCAGACAUCCAAUAAAGAUUUUUUAGUUCUUCUGGAAA